AUGGCACGAGCUGGAAGGAUGGCUUUGGAUGUAGCACUUUCAACAAGUAAAGCAUUAAAGCCGGUUAUUGGAACUGCUUGGCAAUAUGCAAAAGUCGAAAUGAUUCCUCCUAUGACGUCUCAAAUUUUUCAAGGACCCUUCGGAAAACGUCUUGAAAAUACUGUUUCUAGUGUGGCUGAUAAUUUCAUUGCGAAUGUCAGUCGAAAAAUAAAGGACAUGGAAGAAGAAAAGGCUCGAAUUAUAAGAGAAAAAGAAGCUGCCAUUAAAGCUGCUGCCGAAAAAGCUAAGGCAGCGGCUGUCAAGAAAGCGGAGGAACAAAAGCGACUUGGGGCGGACAAAGCAGCUGCAGCGGCAAAAAUGGCUAAAAAAGAAGCUGAGCAGAAAAAAACUAAAGUUGAGGCACCUAAAAAAAAAGCUGAAGUAAAGGCUGCAGCUCAGACCAAAACUGAAUCUAAAAAGAAAACAAACAGAGUGGAAGCUAAGACAAAAAAGGCUAAAAAAAAGACAAGACGUGAGGUUAAAAAAGGUUCUGCGCCUAAACCUAAAAAAUAACGGACAUGAUUACUUUUCAAAUGCAUACAUAAUACGAGUCUUACUAUGAAAAUUUAGUUACAUUGACAUGGCGAAUU